CAACCCUAGGUGUGAGAUGGGCGGACACCCAAACGGGAUCACACGCAGCACCGCUUCACAACGCAGACUCAUCCACACAGAGGUUGGGAGAGCAGGCGGCCUGGAGCUCCUGGGAAAGUUUACAGGCCUCAUCCCCCCAGCUCUGCUCCCCGCCGCGCUCGGUCUCCGGCCCCAGGACGGACGGGCGGAAUCCAUGCCGGGGGCGCGGGGCAGCGCUGUGCCAAGGCCGGGCCGAGCCGCCGGCGGCUCCCAAUAAAGUUGUUGUCGAGGCGGAGCCGGGCUGGGAGAGGAUCGGGCCGGGCGGCAUGAUCGGCACCGUGCUCUGCUACCUGCUGCUGCCAGCGGCGCGGCUCCUCCGGGCCCUCCGAGAUGCUUUCUUUACGUGUCGAAAGAAUGUGCUUCUGGCGAAGAGCCCGACCACCCAGGUAGGGGGUAUCUCUUCUGUACCCAGCAGGAGGUCAGUCCCAGAAGAGCAGGAAGCCCUGCUGCAGCAGCAGCUGGAGGCGGAAGCUGGUGGGCUACACAGCAGUGAGAGUCCUCUCGUGGUGGCGAAGGUGUCAGACACAGUGCCUAGUGACUGGCUGGAAGGCUCAGAAUUAUUGAUGACCAGCCUUAGCAAUCUGAAUGUGGCUUCAGAGGUCACAUGGUGCAGUGAUCAGCAAGACGAUGAGCUACAUACAUUAAUAUCUCUAGGACCAAAGGAGCAUGCUGCAGUAACAUUGGCAAAAUUACCAGAAGAGGAAAGUGUGGCUAUGGUGGGCAUUGCAGCAUGGCCAGCUGUAAGGACACAGACCGAUCACCAGAUUAGUGGCUGCACCCCUUCAGCCCUGGAAAGGGAGGAUGAAGAUACUGCUGUGCUGGACUGGAGCUUAGUGCAUGACACAGAGAUAGUGCCAGUGGAGGCCACAGCCUGGCCCUUUUAUGACACAGGACAAUUCCAGCCUUUUCCAGCAGAGAGACCUUACCACGAGAUUUUAUGGAGGGACUGGGAGGAUCUCUCUACACGGUUUGCGGUUCCAGAGCUGGGCUCAGAGAAUGGGCCUCUGUUUGAAUUCCGAGUCAUGUCUUACAACAUUCUGGCCCAGGACCUGGUGGAGCAGAGCAGUGAUCUCUACCUGCAUUGCCAACCAGAUAUCCUGGACUGGAGCUAUCGUCUCCCAAACCUCUUGCAGGAAAUCCAGCACUGGGACCCUGAUGUUCUGUGUCUCCAGGAAGUGCAGGAGAAUCACUACUGGGAGCAGCUGGAGCCAACAUUCAGGAUGAUGGGCUUUGUGUGCUUAUACAAACGGAGAACAGGAAAAAAGACAGAUGGCUGCGCAGUUUGCUACAAGCACAGCAGGUUCCAGCUGAUCAGUGCCAACCCUGUAGAAUAUUUCCGGCCUGGCCUGGACAUCCUAAACAGAGACAAUGUGGGUCUGGUGCUGCUGCUGCAACCUCUACUCCCAGAGGAUGUAGGACAGAAGGCAACAAGCCCCCUGUGUGUGGCUAACACUCACGUGCUGUAUAAUCCCCGCCGAGGAGAUAUCAAACUUGCACAGAUGGCCUUGCUCCUAGCAGAGGUUGACAAGGUUGUGAAAACUGUUGAGCGCGGCUACUGUCCUGUCAUCUUGUGUGGAGACCUGAACGCUGUGCCUGACUCUCCAUUGUACAAGUUCAUCCGGAAUGGUCUGCUCUCCUACCAUGGGAUGCCAGCCUGGAAGGUUUCUGGACAGGAAGACUUCUCCCAGCAGCUGCACCAGCGGAAGCUGCAGACCCCACUCUGGCACAGCUGUCUGGGUAUAACGGACAACUGUCAAUAUGUCACUCUUUGCCAGCCAAAGAAAUCAGACAGACGCAAGUACAGCCGGGACUUCCUGCUUCAGUUCCGUUUCUGUGAUGCUGCCUGUGAACGACCUGCACAUCUGAUUCUGCAGAAGGGUGUGACAGAUGUUAAACCAGAUCGUCCUGCACAUUGGCCCAAGCAUCUCACCAUGGUGAAUGAUCCUGAUCCAGAGCUCUUCUUCCCAAGGUUUCCAGGUGUAAUCCGGCAUGGCCUUAAUCUGACCUCUGCCUAUAGCCACUUCUUGCCCCAGAGAGGUCGCCCUGAGGUCACAACCAUGCCCAUGGGCCUUGGAGCUACAGUUGAUUAUAUCUUCUACUCGGCAGAGCCCAUUGAGAAUGGGAACAAAGAGGGUCGCAGGCUAUAUCGAGAUGGAGCCCUGAAGCUGCUUGGCCGCCUCUCCCUGCUCUCCGAAGAUGUCCUGUGGUUGGCAAAUGGCUUACCCAAUCCCUUUUGCUCAUCUGAUCACCUCUGUCUGCUGGCUAGCUUUGGCUUGGAGAUCUCCAGUGCCUGAGAGAGGGGGAUUGUGUGGGUCCCCUCAGACAAACUGGACUGAAUGCAGAAUACAGAAAUUGUGCAUUCAGAGCCUCAGUUGGCUCGCAGGAAACUUCCUUUCCAUUUCCCUCCAUCCUCAAUGUAACCGGAGCAUGAGGGGGCCAGGAAGACUGAGCCCUUCCCUGCAUUGCUACUCCAUGGGACUCCAUUACUGGCUGAUGCCCAGUUAUUCUUUGGCUGCACUCUCUCUUAAAGGGACCCGGGCAAUUAACUUCCUUACCUAUUUGGUCCUGCAACCUCUGGCAGAUGUUCUAGCUGUGAUGUUCUUACACUGCAGGAAUCAACAUGACUUCCGCUUAUUUACUUGUCUCUGUGUGCUGCUCCUCAGUGAUCUGGGAAAGAUCAGGUGCAGUUUUGAGACUCGUGUGGGCUUUUUUUUUUAAGUUGGCUACUUGCUGCCAACACCAGGGGGUGCGCCCAAUCAUCAUCUGCCACACUAAAAUGGUGAUUCUUUUUAAUUUCCUAGCAACAGUGUAUGGAAUGCAUUCCCCUUGGAUUCACCCAAGCAUCUCUUCUGUCAUCUGUAAUUUAAGAUAGGACUGGGCUUGAUGGUGGCUCGGAAAUGGAAUUGAAGUAGCCUUUACCUAGGGAUACCUAAAGAGAGUUUCCAUCAGGUUCACCCAGGUCUGCACCCAGCACACACAUCAGCAGAGUGAGAGUUUUAAGUUUCAAUAACUUUCUGUAGGGAGCUUUCUAUCGUUACGAGACCACUGUACCAAUAAGGUCUGACACAAAGAUCAGUGUGAUAUGGAGGUGCUGGUUCUCCAGAACCAUCAUAGAAAGCCCUGGAAUUGCCACAGCAGAAAUCUGAGAUCCUUGGAAAGGCUCCCUCACUGCCUUCCUGACCAUCUCAGAACAGUUCCUAGUACCUCUCUUGGCACUUAUAAGUGAUAGAGAAGGAUUUGCCAAGGCCUUUCCUACGGGUUUUAUGCAGGGCGAACAGUGGACAGCUCUGGACUGAUAAGAAUGUGAGAGUGAUGAAGGGCUGUGGUCAUAGCUGCUUGCAGAACAAUGCUAAAGAGAGAAGGGGUGCCAAAGGAAGUGGAGGAAUAGCUGCUUCCUCUUCCUUUUAGUAGGUACUUCACUGAUCUGCAAAAUGUCGUAGUCAAGGCUCAGGACAGAUCAGAUGUCCUCCUGGCCAAACAUGUUAUUUUGUGUGCAUAUUAUUGCCCCGUUCUGGAUCUAUCCUGUAAAGGGAGUUGAGCUGAUAGGAGCUGCUCCUCUGUCUGUGAUUUGGAGCCCUAUCGGUUUGGAGCCAAAGCUUCAAUCCUUGGAUCCCCAUUGUAGCCUUAUUGUCAUGUGUGUUGAUGAUAUAUUCACCGGUCAGCAGUGGCUUGUUGCUAGUUCUUUUGGGGUUUUUUUUGGCGCUGGACCCUGCAGGUCAGAUUCCUCAGCAUGACCUGACUGUUGGUGCUCAGUAUUUAUCAAUGAGUUAUGAGAAGAAUGUUAGCAGAAGAGUUCUCCACCCUUAAACUCCACUUCUGGGGCUGAGAAAUCUCCUGACCCUGUCUUAGCCAGGUUUUCAGGGGGGAGGAGGGUGAGAAGCUAGAAAUAACUAUAACUGGAUUGUUUUGAAUAAUGCAUUAGAGAGGUUUCAGUGUUUUAAGUGUUACUUUCUUAAACGUCUUAUUUGAAAAAUAAAAUUUUAUAAUUUCAGAAAAAAUGCACAGUAAAAGUGGCUGCUGGGGCUCCUGAGGGCAGAGCCCUCCUCCCCUUAAAGGCCUGGUUACACUUCAGUUGGUUUUGUGUGGAAGAGGCGUGGGGUAGGGUGUUAGCUGUGCAAAGGUCAUGGCAAGAAGUGGGGAGAGGUUGGGCCUAGCUGAUAAUCUGUAUAAACAUUCAUAUCAAACAGGCCAUGAAAAGCCCCAACCCCUGAUGCCAUUCUGGUAUAGCUCAUUUGGGCUGUUCUAAAACAGCUUCUAAAACUAAAGUGAGCUCAACCCACGAACCUUUCUUCUGAAAGUAGAGGCUAUUGCUGGUUCCUAGAGCCUAUGUCCAGUCUUCAGGUUGUCUCAGCAGCUCAGCCAGACCUUCGUUAUUGGGCUCCCAUGUUAUCUUUACAGUGGGGUAAGAGAAAACUGUAUCUGUAUGUCCUUUUCCUCUCACCCCGUUCUGUUGGGAGUGAUGUCUGCCUACCUGUGGGUGACUGGACCCAUUAUUACCUGAUGUGGGAAGUGGGUGAGUAGGAUUCUAUUGUCCAUUUGUGUGCGUGCUGUCCAAUAAUCUGUUGUGGGGGAGAAGGAUUGUAGGGGCAGAUCCACAAAAGGACUUAAGCAACUGAGUCCCAGCUUUAGGCACCACUGCAGUCCAUAAUGCCCCCGCUCAGCUGCCGCCUAUACUCAGUGCUUAAACUUCCCUUGAAGAAGUUCCCCAGGUGCCUGUUUUUGCCACUGGGCAUGUGAACUGCUGCCUCAUUGUCUCACUCCUAAACUCAGUGCAAUCCACAUUGAGGAAGUGUGUCCUAACCACCGAACUAUGAGAGACUCACAUCAGAAUAACCCAAUCUCUCCGAUUGAAGCCGGUCCACAUUAAUUGAAUAUGAAUUGGGCCAGAGAGAGUGAGAAUCAUUCCAUAGUCCAGAGGCCAUGGCACUUACCUGAGAGGUGGAAGAUCUCUGUUCAGAACCCUUCUCAUAAGACAGAGGUGGGAACUGAACCAGGAUCUGCCACAUCCCAGGUCAGUACCCUGACCACUGCGCUAAAAGUUACAAGGGAGCCUGGGGCUGCCAGUCUUUUCCUCUCCCUUCCCAGCUGUUUUUUGCAGAGUUAGGUACACCCACUUAAUUCAUUCUCACAAGAAACAGCUUACACACCUAAGCUGCCUUACUUCAGGAGAGGGGUUCCCAGCUGUGGAUCACAGGCAGAGCUAGGUGCCUCCCUGUAGCCCAGACUUAGGUGCCAAACUCUGUGAGAGGGGAAGUGCUUAGGACACACCCACCUCAUCAGUAUCUCCCAUUGGCUGACUUAGGCAGCUCCUUGCAGUAGCCUGCUGGCUUUUGUGCUUAGGGGCCUGUCACUCCCUUAUUCAUUAUAUAGGGUGCCUGACUCAGGAUUUGUGGAUCCCAUUGUUGUUCCAGUGAUUUUCUAGGUGCCUAAAAGUUAAGUGUUGCAACAAUCUAAGUCCCUUCGUGAGUCUAGGCCAGGGGUUCUCAAACAGGGUUGUGACUCUGACAGCUGCAACCCCCGGAAGCCUCCAUCCCCAAACGCCACUUCACCUCCAGCAUUUAUAAUAGUGUUUUUAAAAAGUGUUUUUAGUUAUAAGGGGGUCACACUCAGAGGCAUGCUGUGUGAAAGGGGUCACAAAUACAAAUGCUCAAGAGCCACUAGUCUAGGCCAUAGUUGCAUGUUUAUGAAGUACCUCUUCCCCAACUUAUAUUGGUUUUGGGGUGGCAUUGUUUGGUGGGGUAAAUGUAAUUGUGAAAAAGUUCCCAUAGCUGGUUGCUCUAACAAUUGCAUUAAUUGCUGUAAUACUUUUAUUUUAACUUCUUUAUAAUGGGGGUUUCUGUAUUUACAAACAAACAAAUCCAUGUAACCCUUUGCCUGUGAGCUUCUAUUCCUAUGUCUGAUUGGCUCAAGAUUCUAGGUGAGUCUGAGACUGAAAGUGGCCCAUUCUGCACUAACAUACUCACAGGCUGGAAACACACAGAAGGGGAAAAACUGAAAGGUGGUACUUUGGGAGAAACCCACUGGAAAACUUAAGGCAUUCAAAACUAAUGCAACUAAGUGCAAAGUAUUAGGUAAUCACAGCAAAAGCUAAUGUUGCAGAGCUUAACUUCAAAGACACUGGCUUAGAUUCUAAUAGGUAGGUUACACAAGUAUAUAUCUGGAGUUAUUCGAUUGCCUUCAGUGAACUCUGGAAAUCCAGAUUUUAACCAAUGUAACUGAUAUAAGAAUCUGACCAACUAUUUAAGCAGCUUAAUUUUUUUUAAAUAAAAAAGUUACAGUCA